GAGAGAGAGAGAGAGAGAGAGAGAGAGAGAGGAUAAAGUAGCGGAGACGAAAGGGGAGUUGGAGGAGAAAGGAGAAGAAGAAUAGGAUGACCGUAGAUCUGAUGGGGUGCGCGAAGAUCGACGAGCACGCGGCGAUCCAGGAGGCGGCGGCGGCGGGGCUGCGGAGCUUGGAGCACAUGGUGUUCCAGCUCUCGCGGCCGGCGGGGCCGUACCAGCCGUUGGAUUGCAAGGAGAUCGCCGAUCAGACGGUCUCCAAGUUCCGCAAGAUGAUCUCCAUCCUCAACCGGACUGGCCACGCCCGCUUCCGCCCCGGCCCAUCCCCCACCGACCCGAGGCCUCGUCCUCCUCCUCCUCCCGGCGGACGAGUUCUCGUGGCGCAAGUACGGGCAUAAGCCGAUCAAGGGCUCCCCUUACCCGUGCGGCUACUACAGGUAGAGGGGACGAAGAGCUAGGUUAAGGUAGAGAGACAGAGAAAAGCGAAAUGGGUUUGAGAAGGGUUCAGAAGUAAGGUAAAAAAUUUUUACUAUUUUUUAAUAUAAAUUGACAAAAAAAACCCCACUGUUUAUACAAUGUAUAUAGAGUAGGUGAGGGUAAAUUGGUCUUUAUGCAUAGAGGGUGUGUGAGUGCUGAAAAAAAAGGAGGGAAG